GUCAAGGUUACUCUCCAUGCCACGACCCGUUGGAACUUGGCCUAGUGAUACAUGUAUCACUUCUGGAUGUGAAACUAAAGCAUUUAAGGCCUAAUCUAUCUUCUUAGUGUGUUUUUCGCCGCUCGGAAAAAAAUUAAAUUAAAAAUCUCAUUUAUCUCGCUGUUUAGAAUGGUUUGCGCUUGGUAUAUGGACAAAUCUGAUGCGGAUCAGAGGGAGCCGCAUAAACCUGAAAAUCUGCAAAUGGUGGAGUUGGACUUCCUGAAAUCAUUUGGUGUUCUGUACUGGAAGCUUGAUGUGGACAACUUGGAGGGUGAGGGCCUUCUGGCCAAGAUAAGAAAAGAUCGGGGCUACACAUAUGAAGACACCAUCUCCGUGUCCAAGGAGACACUGCCAAACUAUGAAGAAAAAAUCAAGUCUUUCUUUACGGAGCACAUGCACUCGGAUGAGGAGAUUCGAUUAAUCUUAGAGGGCACUGGGUACUUUGAUGUACGGGACAAGGCGGAUCAGUGGAUUCGUAUUGAGAUGGCUAAGGGCGACAUGAUUACACUGCCUGCUGGGAUCUACCACCGCUUCACCCUUGACACCAAGAACUACAUAAAAGCCAUGCGUUUGUUUGUUGGAGAACCAGUGUGGACUCCAAUCAAUCGGCCUGCAGAUGAACACCCUCAGCGCAAGGGAUACGUGCAGAGCUUGGAGACAGGAACUUGGUAGAUCGAAUCAUGAUCAAGCAAGCCACCGAGUGGUACAUGUACAUGAUUGGCAGACUUCGCCUCCGUCCGUUAACAGCGCUAGCCACCAACCCGGUCAUUACCACGCAGUGAAGACCGGGUCCUCGCACUGUUAAUCCCUAAGUAUUGUAUGGUCCAAUGGACUUUGUGUUUGUCAAUACUGGGGUCUGUGCCAACUGGAAUGUUUUUCUGCGUCUAGCACAAAACCUGCCCAACAUUUGAGAUGCUUAAUUAAAAAUGUAUUUUUCUAACAAACAGUAUUUUAAUAAAAAUGUAGAAGCCACAAAUGAUGUUCUGAAGUUCGGACACCCCUACAAAUGCAUGGUCCUAAUGCUUUAUGCCGGUUUAAUUAUAGUCGCUCGUGCGAUGGUCUUGCGAUGGAAAUCGUGGCGUGCGAUCCUAAAAAUCACAGUUUGUAGUCAUCGCUGAGGCCUAUUAACUGUGUUUUUUAUGAUCGCGCGUCAAGAUUUCCAUCGUGCGACCGACUAUAAACUGGCCUCUACCCUUAACCUACAUGUAGUCAGUAGGGGUUAUUAUACCAGUCCAGUGUUUUGCAAGAAGCUUCAAACUUUUAUCUCGUAUCAAACUUUUAACUUCAAUUCUCAACGAAUUGAAAAAUAUUUGUAUGCAUCAGUUAAAAAUUGAAAAUGCAGUGAGGUGUUGGUAUUAUUAAAAAUGCAAGAUCGCCGGACUUGUACGGUCAACAGUUAACUGGUCCUGUUUUAAAAUCACUGGCCGGGGGGAACACAUUGCCUUGGAUCAAUCGAGUUGGUCUUUGAAAAGCGUUUGUAACUGUUGGUUAUAAAAUGCAU